AUGGCCUCCGCAGCGAAGGCGAAGGCCCCUGCCCUCACCUCCGACGAUGUCCUCGCGUGGCUCGGACACGAUGCCCCCGAGUACGAGCAACGCAAGGCGCGCAAGUUCGUUCCGCCCACGGUCUCCAUCAAGGACGUCCAUGCCGCCAUCCCGCGCCACCUCUUCGAGCGCAACACCGUCAAGGGCGUCUUCUACGUUGUCCGCCACGUCGCCCUCAGCGCGCUCUUCUACGCCUUCACCACGCGCAUCGACCUGAUCGCUUGGCGCGCCGCGAGCGCGCUCGGGUGGGGCGCCGCCGGAAGUUCGGCGCUCGGGUGGGCGUGCUGGGUGCUGUACUGGUUUUGGCAGAGCGUCUCUUUCGCGGGGAUGUGGACGCUCGGACAUGAGUGCGGCCACGAUGCGAUUUCGCCGCACGCGUGGGUAAACAUUGCGUGCGGCAUGGGCCUGCACACUUUCAUGCUGACGCCGUACUUUGCGUGGCGGCUGACGCACCGCGCGCAUCAUAAAGGAACGAACCACCUGUCGCGCGACGAGACGUAUCACCCGAUGGUGCGGUCUGACUUCAAGAACCUGCCAGAUGUGGAGCACGCAACCAAGAUGGACUACAAGGAGAUCCUGGAAGAGACCCCGGGAUUUACUCUCUUCAAGAUGGUCAUCCGCCAGUUCCUCGGUUUCCAGCUCUACCUGAUCCACAACCGCAAGGGUAACCCCAAGUACCCUCCUUGGACCAGCCACUACAACCCCGACUCCAAGCUCUUCAAACCCCAAGACCGCAGCGCGAUCAUCGUCUCUGACAUCGCGAUCGGAUGCAUGCUCGUCUUCCUCACGACUUGGUCUUAUUUUGCCGGCUUCCACGCGGUCUGGAGCCUCUACUUCACACCCUGGCUCUGGGCGCACAGCUGGAUCGUCAUGUUCACGUACCUCCAGCACAGCGACCCGACGGUGCCGUACUACCGCGAGAAAACGUGGACGUUCGCGCGCGGCGCGCUCGCGACCGUCGACCGCCCCGUGUUCGGCUGGAUCGGGGAGUUCUUCUGGCACGGCAUCGCGCACCACCACGUCGCGCACCACUUCUUCGUGAACGUCCCGUUCUGGAAAGACAACCUCGCGCAGGUGACGAAGGCGAUCAAGCCCGUGCUGGGCGAGUACUACUGCUACGACUCGACGCCGACGAUCUACGCGCUCUGGCGCUCUUUCACUCAGUGCACGUUCAUCGAGGACGAGGGGGACGUUGUCUUCUUCAAAAACCAGCGCGGCGAGGUGGGACGCGAGUGCGCGGACGCCGCGAGCACCGCGCGCGACGCCAAGCCGGCCAAAGAGGAGAAGGAGGCGGACGCACUCGCCAUCGCUGGGCUGACUGGCUGA